AUGGCAGUAGAAAAAAAGAAGUUCUACGAGCGUCCAGGAUUUUGGAAAAUUUUAUUGGCUGUUGCUCUUGGUUUUGCAUUUAUUGCGUUUCUUCUUGGAUGGAUCGGUUUUGGUGUUCCUGAUUGGCAGGCAUUUACACGUAAUAAUAGUAGCACACAAGAAUUUUAUGGCCUUUGGGCAUAUUGUCAACAGGCACCUCCAUAUUAUAGUACUACUUGUAAACAUUGGGGUGAUGCUGCAACUCAAUUAUAUAAUGGUAGUCAACCGAAUUUUAUUAGUACUGCCGAUGGUCUCAUCACUACUGGUAUGAUAUUUCUUUCUUUGGGUCUUAUGGCUGGUAUAGUCGCUGCUAUUCUUCCAUUAUUAUGUUAUGCAGCCGGUGUCUUAACUUUUCUUGGUUUUCUCUUUAUUAUUAUUGGUUUACCAAUAUUUGGUCAACAGUCAAAUGAUUUUUCUAAACUACUAGGUGAUACAUCAUACAAUAAACGUUACGGUUUUUGGCUUAUGGUUCCAACAAUUAUACUUUCAUUUAUAGCUGCUAUUCUAUUUAUAAUUACUGCAUUUUUAUAUCAAAAAUAUGGUUUUGGUAAUAUAGCAACAAAUACUAAGAGUCGGCGUGCCUAUGGUGGACAGCAAUUUCUGGGACCAGCGAAUGCAAUUCCUGGAAUGCCUUAUGCAAUGCGACCUGGAAUGAUGCCAUAUCCGUAUCCACCACCAGGUCCAGUAGUACCAUCUUUACUUUCACAAUAUAUAGCUCGACGUAUGCCUCGAUAUUAUGCUCCGAUUGUAGUACGACCGACAGUUGUUUCUGCAUUUCCACAACCUUCUACUUCGGGAGCUGGUGGACAACCAAUUUAUGUAACACCAGCUUAUUAUAGACCUGCUGUAGUACAACGAUCAUCAAGUGCACCUACAGUGAAUCUUACUGGAAGAGCAGUUUAUGCUCCGACUGUACGCGUUUCUUAA